UCUGCCUAUCGUCUAUCGCUCUGCUGGUUCGGAGCGUAACAAAUUAAAAUCAAUUAAAUUUAAUCAAAGCCCUUAUUAAAGCUACAGCUAUAGCACUUGGGAGCAGCGAACCCUACUGAUAACGUAGCAGAUAAGAUAGACCCCCUAAGCUCACUCAGGUGAAAAAAGCCGGCAGAAUGUGGCGACAGCUCAGCGGCGUCGCACGAUCAGGAGGCAACGUGAACUUCUGCAGGAUGCGAGGACUUUCGGCUUUGGUCCAGGACAAGGCUUUGGUAGAUGGAGCUUGGGUGGAUUCCAGCAACUCAAAGGCCACUUUUGAGGUCAGGAAUCCUGCCAAUGGAGCCCUCAUUGGAAAAGUUCCCAACAUGACGGUGGCCGAUGCCCAAAAGGCCAUAGAUGCCGCCAAGCAGGCCUACGAGUCCAAGGAGUGGCGAUCCCUGACGGCCAAAGAUCGCUCCAAUCUGCUCAAGAAGUGGCACAAACUCAUCGAGGAGCACUCGCAGGAGAUAGCCGAGAUAAUGACGGCGGAGUCGGGCAAGCCCAUAAACGAGUCCAAGGGGGAAGUGGCCUACGGGAACGCCUUCGUGGAGUGGUUUGCAGAGGAGGCCCGUCGCAUCUACGGCGAGAUUGUGCCCAGUGCUCAGCCCAAUCGGGAGAUCAUUGUGAUGAAGCAGCCCAUCGGAGUGGCGGCCCUUAUUACGCCCUGGAACUUUCCCAUGGCCAUGAUCACGCGGAAAGCAGGAGCCGCACUGGCUGCAGGAUGUACGGUGGUGGUGAAGCCCUCGGAGGACACUCCUCUGACCGCUCUGGCGGUGGCCAAGUUGGCGGUGGAUGCGGGCAUCCCGAAAGGCGUGAUAAAUGUGGUUACCACCAACAAAGCGGCCCCCAUUGGCGAUCUCUUCUGCAAGAGUCCCGAUGUGAGGGGCAUAUCCUUCACAGGGUCCACUGAAGUGGGUAAGCUUCUGUUCCGAAAUUCCGCUGAUGGCAUCAAGAGGAUUUGCCUGGAGCUCGGCGGCAAUGCUCCGUUUAUUGUUUUCGAUUCGGCGAAUGUAGAAAAAGCGGUUGAUGGGGCCAUGGCCUCCAAGUUUAGGAACUGCGGACAGACCUGCGUCUCUGCAAACAGAUUCUUCGUGCAGGAUGGCGUCUAUAACAAAUUUGUGGAGCAGCUGAAAAAGCGCGUGGAGGCCUUGAAAAUCGGCGAUGGCCAGGGAUGCGAUGUGCAAAUCGGACCUCUGAUCAACGAAAUGCAGUUCAAGAAAGUCAGUGGCUUUGUGGAGGAUGCGAGGUCCAAGAAGGCGAAUAUUAUCUUAGGUGGAAAGCCGCUGAGUGACAAAGGUGCCCUGUUCUACGCACCCACAAUAGUCACCGAUGUCCCGCCCUCUGCUCAACUCUACACGGAGGAGGUCUUCGGUCCGGUCGUCUCCAUCAUCCGUUUCCGGGACGAAGAGGAGGCAGUGAAGAAGGCCAACGAUACCAGGAGAGGUCUGGCCGGCUACUUCUACAGCGAGAACCUGCAGCAGGUGUUCCGAGUGGCCAAGCGACUGGAGGUGGGCAUGGUCGGAGUGAACGAGGGCAUCAUCUCCGCUGCGGAGGCACCAUUCGGCGGUGUAAAGGAGUCCGGAGUUGGGCGUGAGGGUUCCAAGCAUGGCAUCGACGACUACGUCGACAUCAAGUACAUCUGCAUGGGCAACCUGCAGUACGAUUGAAGUCCAAGGGAGGAGUCACUUCCGCUGCUUUCAUAUGCUGUCUUCCACUAGAAUGCGAUUUGUUGACUGUUGUAUAAAUGUUGUAGAAAAGCACGCCGCUAUUUUAAUAAAUGUGCACAAAGUCUA